AUGUCUGACGAGAAACAUUCGGAACCCGCCACCACGGCGAAUCCCUCACCGGAGCCAGAGACCGUUGUCGACGAGAAGCCCAAAGCCGAGCCCAAGAGCAGGGAAUUCUACCUGACCCUCCUCGCCAUCGGUGUCACGACUGUUCUUUCGGCCCUCGAUCUCACUGCCCUCGGUACCGCCCUUCCCACUAUCUCCAAGGCUUUGAACGACACACACGGCGAGUUCGUAUGGAUUGGUGCUUCUUACGCGUUGGCGAGCACGGCCUUCAUUCCGUUGAUGGGUAACUUGGCAGAUGCCUUUGGUCGUCGUCCCGUCGUUUUGUCCAGUAUUGCUUUCUUCGCUCUCGGCUCUGCGUUGUCUGGUGCUGCUCAAAACAUGACCUGGUUGAUUGGUGCCCGUACCGUCCAGGGUGUCGGAGGUGGUGGAAUCCUCGCCCUUUCCGAAAUCCUCAUCGCCGAUCUCGUCCCUCUCGCUGAACGAGGAGCGUACCAAGGUUUCCUCGCCCUCGUCUGGUCAAUUGGUUCCUGCAUAGGUCCCCCGAUCGGUGGAGCUCUUGCCAACGUUGACGGAAAGGCCUGGCGCUGGCUCUUUUGGCUUAACUUGCCUCUUUGCGGCAUCUCCUUUGUCCUCGUCGCCCUCUUCUUGCACGUGCGCACUCCCCCGGGCAGUCUCGCCAGCAAGCUGCGCCAGGUUGACUGGAUCGGAAAUAUCAUUGUCGUUAUUGGCUCUGGUCUCGUCAUCAUUGCUCUGACCUGGGGUGGUGUUGCCUACAAGUGGAACUCGGCCCACGUUCUCGGCCCCCCUCAUCCGUAUGGUGUCAAGGACCCCGUCCGCCCAACGACGCCAUCAGACAUCGUUAGCAACCGCACUUCCCUUGGCGGUCUCAUUUCCACGGCCAUCCACGGUCUCGUCUCAAUCGCGCUCAUCUACUACCUCCCGGUCUACUACCAGGCCUGCUUCGGUGCCUCGCCCAUCCGCUCGGCCGUUGACUUCCUGCCGUCUGGUCUCUUGACUGCGCCGUUCGCGUUCUUCGCCGGUGUUGCCACUGCCAUUCUCAAGAAGUACCGCCCAGUCCAAUGGUUCGCCUGGGUCUUCUGCGUUUUCGGCUACGGUCUCUUCAGCUUGCAGCGAGCUGACUCGCCCCAACACUUGUGGCUCGGUCUCCAGAUUCCUCUCUGUGUUGGUUUGGGUAUGCUGUUCUCUUGCCCUGUGUUCCCCAUCUUGGCUCCCCUGCACCCCUCGCGCGCCGCCUCUGCUCUUGCUCUCUGGACUUUCACCCGCUCCUUCUUCCAAGCCUGGGGCAUUGCCAUCGCCGGCACUGUCCUCCAGAACGAGCUCGUUGCCAAGCUCCCCACCGAGUUCACAAGCCAAUUCCCUGAGGGCACCGAGAUCGCAUACGCCGCCAUCCCCUUCAUCCGCACCAUGACCGACCAGACCCUGAAGAAGGCCGUCCAAGUCGCGUUCGCCGACUCGCUCCGCGUCGUCUGGCUCGUCAUGUGCGGCAUCUCCGGCAUCGGUCUCCUUUCCUGCCUGCUCCUCCGUGAAAUCCCGAUGAACACCAACAUCGACGAGACCUACACGCUCAAGGAGGCCAAGCAGGCCAAGGUCGAGGACGUGGAGGCACCUGUAGCAUAA